UUCUGCACUCCCUCAUCAGUCAUCGAGCAAAAGUGCGCGGGCUCCCUUCCUUUUUCUUUUUCUUUUUCUUUUCCAUAAACCUCCGUAGGGUUUCAAAAUCCGAAUUCAACAAUGGCAGCAACUGCAAAUGCGAGUGAGCGUGAAGCUCCCAACGCCGUUAGAGCCCUAGAUGCCUCGCUCUGGUGGGAUUCCUUCAGUCACCUACUCACGGAGCUCGAAGACGUUUCCCUUUCCUCCGACCUCCCUCCUUCUCUGGAGAAGAAAUUGAAGGACAAUCAUGCGUGGUUUUUGGAAACUGUUAGAAUGUUUAAGCCACCGGACCAGAAAUCAAGGGAAGCGUUAGCACUGGAUUCCAAACAAUUAAAGCUAGGUUCGCAUCAAUUGACCAUUCAACCUGCUCUCAGAGAUGCCGCCCUCAAAAUUAGCUCUCUACUGUGCUUAAACGAGGUGCAGUCGUAUGUUCUUGUUGAAAGAUCAGUUGAGCAUAAUUCCCUAUCAAUUGAUUCCAUGCUUGGCGACCUCCUUCACUUGGUAAUGGUUCAGUAUUACAUUGAGCGACAAUGUUUAUUGAAGUGUACAAGGCAGAUACUUAUGCAUGCUUUGUUUGUUAGAUCCAGAUCGAAAGAAGCUCAUGCUGUAUGGACAGAGGCUCAAAAGUUGGUUUCUGAUGGAUUGGAAGACAGGUCGCUUUCUAUUCUAGAGGACCAUUUGUGUUCCAAUUAUCCUGAACAUGUGGAUGUUGACCUUUACACAUUAUGGGCUGAGGAGACACUGAUUGAAGACAAUCUGGUUUUGGACAUAUUAUUCCUUGCUUACUAUGAGUGCUUUUCUGCUUGCAAUGGCAAGCAAUGGAAAAAGUUACUCUUGCUGUAUGAGGGUGCCAUUUCUGGUUCUUUCAAUUUUGCGAAACUGGCAAUAUCAGCAGAGGCAGCUCGCUUGAUUUAUUAUGCCAAAGUGCAGCUUUUGCUUAUUCUGAUAGAAACUCUGGACUUGGAAAAUCUUCUCCAAAUGAUCCAUGAUGAAAUUCCAUUUAGGCAGGAUUCUGUAGAUUUUUCCUUGGAUGAUAUUCAAGAAAUUGAUGCAAUAGUUUCUGGUAUAGAUGUUUCUCAAACAAGAGAAGCUGGCCCUUUAAUUCUAGCAUGGGCAGUGUUUCUUUGUCUCAUUUCAUCUCUUCCACCAAAGGAAGACAACAAUGUGUUGAUGGAGAUGGACCAUGUUAAUUAUGUCCGUCAAGCAAUUGAGGCUGCUUCUUUGAGUUAUUUUGUUCAAAUUUUGGACAGUGAUAUAUGGAAGGAGUUAGAUGGUCCUGUUGCUGGUUAUCGAAGUGUUUUGAGGACAUUUAUAUCUGCUUUUGUUGCAUCAUAUGAGAUAAAUCUUCAGUUGGAGGAUAAUAACCUGAGAUUAAUACUGGACAUCCUUUGCAAAAUCUAUCGAGGAGAGGAAUCACUCUGUAAUCAGUUUUGGGACAGGGAUAGUUUUGUUGAUGGACCCAUACGGUGUCUCCUGUGCAACUUGGAGGGUGAAUUUCCAGUCAGGACUGUGGAAUUCUUGCGACUGUUAUCGGCCCUCAGUGAAGGAGCUUGGCCAGCUGAGUGUGUAUAUAAUUUUCUUGAAAAGUCCGUUGGGUUAUCAUCUCUAUUUGAGAUAAGUAGUGAUUCUCUGGUGGAUGGCACCUCUAAGACUGUAGAAACACAUCUACCUUUGCGUGUUCCUGGUGUUGAAGGUUUGAUCAUUCCUAAUGGUACCCGAGGUCAGGUUAUAAGAAUGAUUGACAGGAACGUUGCUCUGGUGCGAUGGGAGUAUGCGCAAUCUGGGGUGGUAGUUCUACUUUAUCAUAUGGCCCAAGAACUGUUUAUUCAAAACAGCGAGGAAGUUCUGGUUAUACUUGACUUGCUUAGUCGACUGGUGACAUUUAGCUUGUCUGUAUGCAAUGCUCUUGUGCUUAGUGGCAAGCCCUCGUGUGAACCAACGCCAUUGGAAGAGCAGCAAGAGCAUUAUGAGUGUCUUAAUGUGGUUGAGAUGCUAUGUACUUUGGUGAAGAAUCUACCUCCGACUUGCUAUGGAGCUGCACUUAUGUCAAUGAGUAUUAAUAUCUUGGCAAAGAUGUUAAAAUGCUCUCCAUAUUGUGUUGCCACAAUGACAGCCAAGGCAAAUAUUUUUGAUGUUGCCUCGAGGACGAAUCCUUUUCAUACUAUAUCCAGUGGGUUAUCUAGUGAACCAUGGUUGCUUUCUGGAAAGCUUGCCAAAAUGCUUUUGAUUGACUGUGAGCAGAAUGAUUGUUCAUUGACUCUUUCAGUGUUGGAUUUCACCAUUCAGCUGGUCGAAACAGGAUUUGAAAGUGAUGUUGUGCUUGCACUUGUUGUUUUCUCCCUUCAGUAUGUUCUUAUCAAUCAUGAUAUUUGGACCUAUAAGAUGAAGCAUACUCGCUGGAAGGUGACACUGAAGGUGCUUGAAGUUGUUAAAAAAUGCCUUUUAUCCAUUUCAUCCAGCAAGCAACUUGGUGUGGUUAUCCACAAUAUUUUACUUUCUGAUUCUUCCAUUCACAAUGCACUCUUCCAAAUAGUUUGUACGACUACGCAGGGUUUAGAGAAACUUUAUAUCAGCCGCCUUUAUGAUCUUAUUGAUGUUGAAGGAUUAAAGCUGGCCAUAUCCUCUGGAUUGGAUAUUCUUUUUAACAUGCUCUCUCUUCUGUCUGAGGUGUGCUUGGGAAUGACAACAUUCAACCACCAUUUGCAUAUCGUUAAGGAUGUCACCAAUCUUUCGCUAUUUCAUCAAGCAAUUUUAUCGCCAUUGACAAAACCAGUUCCUGUCGUAACUGCAGCAGUAUCUUUGAUGUCAUCCUUCCAAACUUUUAACAUACAGGUUAGUGCUGCAAGGCUGCUUUCCUUGUUAUUUAUCACAGGGGAUUCUUCAAGGUCAUCUGCAUUUGGCAAUGCAUGUCUUGGUCUGGAUGAUAAACAGAUAUGCGAGUUCAGGAGUUCUAUUUGUCACAUCUUGAGUGGGCAGUCACCAUGGAAUGAGGAACUCGUCAUUGCUACUUUUAGAUUGCUUACUUCGGCUGCAUGUUAUCAGCCUGCAUUUCUUGCUGCUGUUAUUACUUCGAAGGAAAAUUCAAAUUCCCAGUUAAGUGAUGUCCUUAGUGAGAAGCAUCCGAAUGAAGCUAAUCAUAGGCUGGAGUCAAAUGGCAAAAACUUUUUAGAUGCAAUUCUUCAGUGUGUCAGGAAAUCUGAUGAGCUUAUGAAGGGGUAUGUCUAUCGUGGUAAUCUACUUAAACCCAAUAUGCUGUCGAAUGUUCUGAACUUCCUGAAGGCAUUGUGGCAAGGCGCUCCGCAGUUCACAAAUUUCUUAGAGCAGCUGAAGAACUCAGAGAACUUCUGGAAACAACUUUCUGAUUCUGUCAUGCUCAUCCCUCAUAAGCCAGACAAUCCAUCGGAAAACCUCACAGACAAGGAGCUUCAAAACUUAGUAUACAGUUAUUACUGUCAAUCUGAUUUAUUAGAAAUAAUUGCUUAUGAAAUUUUCCUGCAUAAGAAGCUUUUACACAGCGAGUUAGCUUUGAAAACAACUUCUGAACUAUCAAAAGAUCAAGUGGACAAGGUAGAUGGUUCCAGAUUAGCCAAAGAUGGAAGUAUAUGUGGUUUGAAGAAUUUGCUUUCAACCUGGUUCAAAAGCUCGCUGUUGGGUGACCUGAUAAAGUCAUAUGCCUCGUGUACCUAUGACUUUGAAAUGCACUUGCAUGCAAAGGUUUCUGCUAGCCUGUUUUCUGUACAUUCCAUGCUGAAACUCAAAGAUGGUGAGAUGGGAAGUUUGUCAGUGUCUCUCAUUGAAAAACUUCUUGUUUUGUCGAGAAAGUUGGUAAAUUUGCCAGCCUUCUCCGAAUUGUUGACUCGAUACACACAACAUGGUUACAGUCUAGGAAAAGACUUGCAACGUUUGAUACUUAGUGAUCUCUUCUACCAUCUGCAUGGAGAGCUUGAAGGUCGACCAAUUAAUGACAGGUCCUUCAAAGAAAUGUUGCAGUAUCUGUUACAGUCAAUAUUUUUGCAAACAUAUCUAUGCAAGUGCAAUGAGGACCUUCAAUUGCAUGUAAAGGAUGUUAACCUAUAUGACUUGUCUCGUCUGCAAUCUGAUAUGGGAUUGGAUCUGUGGGACCUUCUUCCAGAGUGGAAAGCAUCUAAAUCAGUUGCAGAAAAAAUGUUGAACUGCUUGGAUAAUGUUAAUAAGAUGGUGUUGCUCAAAAAUUCCAAGCUUUCUGCUCUCAAAGCAUUAGUAACCAUGUUGUCCUUGGAUGGUGAUGACUCAGGUGAGAUUGGAGGCGCACUAGCUGGAACAAUCCCUGAGCAACUUACCUUGUCAUGCAUCAACCAUGCAUGUCAGUGUCUGCAUGCCACUAUAGAAUCAUUAGCUCCAGAUCUAGAUGUCAUUCAAGAUGUGCUUGAUAUCCUUCUGGCUCAAGCGGAAUUACUGCUGCAUCUGAUCAAAUCCAUAGGCGAAAACCUAUCUCUUCACUCAUGUAUUCUUGUCUUAAAAGCCUCAGGGCUGGGCCUUAAAGUGUUGAGUAGCUUAAGGCCAUUAGAUACUAGUCUGGGAGAAGCAAUGAAGCUUUUACUUAUGUUGGUUCUCUUUUCAGUCAACUUGAGCUGGCUGAAAACACAUUUGGCUGCUGGGAGUGCAACAGACUCUGUUGUUGAAGCUGCUGAGGCAUCUACUCUAAUUUUAGGGUUAUUACCCAUUAUUUGCCACUGUACUCAAUCUGCUGAUCAUUAUAAGCUCUCCCUCUCUACGAUAGAUGUCGUACUGAGAGGUUUUUCAACAUCAGCUACUUGGAUUCCUAUUGUUGAAAAACAUUUACAGUUGCAUUCUGUUGUUCAGAAACUUGAAGAUGAAACUUCAGUUGCAACAAUUCCAGUGAUUUUGCAGUUCCUCUUGACCCUUAGCCGCGUGAGAGAAGGUGCUAUGAUGCUUGUUAAUGCUGGUUUCUUUGCAUCCCUAAGAGGGCUAUUAGCCAAGUUAUCUGAUGAUCAGCAUUCCUCUGUCAUUUGUGGUGAGAGGAGCCUCUCAUAUGAAUAUGACAGAAGUGAAAAGGCAAAGCAUAUAUGGGGACUUAGCUUGGCUGUUGUUACAGCUAUUGUUCACUUUCUGGGGGAUGCUUCUUCUUCGACUGGGAUUGUGGAUUAUGUUAUGGCUCACUUGUUAGUAGAGAAAGCUUUUUUAAUUUCUUAUUACCUUAGUGUACCAGAUUUCCCAUCAGAAGAUCAUGAUAAGAAACGAGCUCGAUCUCUUAAUAGGCAUACUACUUUAAGUACUCUUAAAGAAACAGAACAAACGCUUAUGCUGAUUUGUGUCCUAGCAAGAUAUAGGAAUUCAUGGAAUAAAGCUAUGAAAGAGAUGGAUUCACAGUUAAGAGAAAAGUGUAUCCAUUUAUUGGCAUUCAUCAGUAGGGGAAAUCAACAGCUUGGAGAAUUACCUAGAAGAGUUGCACCACUUAUAUGUCAUCCAGUUCUGAAGGAGGAGUUUGAGUGGUAUAAGAAACCAUCAUUUGUUAAUAGCAGAAAUGGUUGGUUUGUCCUUACACCUCUUGGUUGCGGUUUAGAUCCUAAAUUUUCUUCAAUGUCCUUGAGAACUACUUCCGUUGUUAGCAAAGAUCAAUUAGAUGACAUUGAAUUUCCAGCUUCUCAAACUUACUUCUCUGACAUUACAGCAAUUCAGAUAUAUAAAGUCACCUUUCUUCUUUUAAAAUUUUUGUGCAUACAAGCUGAAGGAGCAGCUAAAAGGGCUGAGGAGGUUGGUUUUGUGGACCUUUCACAUUUUCCAGAGCUCCCAAUGCCUGAUAUAUUGCAUGGUUUACAGGAUCAAGGCAUUAUUAUCCUCACUGAAUUGUGUGAAGCCAACAAGUCAACGCUGGUUACUCCUGCUAUGCAGGACAUCUGUCUACUGCUCUUACAAAUAACAGUAAUGGCAUUGCAUCUUGAACUCUGCGUAAUACAAAUUUGUGGGAUUCGUCCUGUGCUUGGACGUGCUGAGGAUUUCUUGAAAAACUUUAGAUUGUUCAUAAGAGUGUCGGAGGGACAGGCAUUUUUGAAACAGACAGUGAAGUCCUUGAAACAAAUUGUAUCAUUUGUAUAUCCUGAAUUGCAAGCUCAAGCCUUCAGUUGACAUGCUUGCUUAUGGUGGUGGAAGUUCAGAAAAGCGAUGUCCUUGAGAACAAGUUGUAAAAUGGGUAUCAGUUAUUUACUUUUAUUAGAGGGUGUGUCAUCCAUGUAUAAGAUAUGUAAGAAAUGUGAAGCUUCGGCUGUGAAUGUGUAGAUUUUUGUUUUGGGGUAAGGUGAAGGAAUGUUGAUACACAAUGUAAAAUGUGAAAUCUAAAUGUGCAUAUAGGUUAUGAUGAUAAUCUAUUUUGUAACAUGCGUUCUACUUUCCGCUUUCAAGAGAGAAAAAUGGCAUUUCCUGCUUCUGAAA